AACGAUUCGCUCGCAGUUUUGUAGUUACUUCUGCACAAACACGGUAUUCUAAUUAAGCACGAAUUAAAAAUUUGAAACAAUUCGAUUAUUGUGAAGUGCAGCGAUGGCGUUCCUCCAAGGACCCUCUUUAAAACAAGAGGAGGUUUUGAAACAGGAACUUGGUGAAGGACCUGGUGACCUGGAGAGAUGUGUGAGAGACCUUCGUAGCAUGUUGGCAGCUUCACCGUACAUGCCUGAUCCUGAAUUCGUAGAUUUGAAACUCCUGGAAGUGUUCGUGCGGGGUUGCCGCAUGGAUAUGGAUAGAGCGAGGACUAAACUGGAAACGUAUUUUCUAGCUCGCUCCAGGCAUCGAGAUCUCUACGAAUACAGAUCUCUUAAUGAACCACCGCUCAAAGAAACCUGUAAACUCAUAGACGUAGUGCCACUGCCAAAAGUGACCGACGAAGGGUACCGGGUAACGAUUCUACGUAUCAGACCGGGGUACCCAGAAUCUGCGGGAGACAUCACAAAUAUGGUACGAGCUAUUCUGCUCGUGAGUGACGCGCGCAUCCAUGAUGAAACAUUAAUUGCCGGCGAUGUUUUCAUUUGGGAGGUAUCCCAUAUCCGUGCUUCGCUCGCGGCUCGCGUGAUGGCAGCAGCAAACGUGGUACGCCGUAGUAUCCAUCUAGCGCAGGCGGCUUACCCUCAAAGAUUGAAGAGGAUCCAUGUUGUAGGAGCACCAUCUCUCUUCGCCUCUUCACUGCAUCUCAUGCGUAGCUGUGUCAAUGAAAAAAUUCGAAGACGAUACUACAUUCAUUCUCGUGAAGAGGAGUUAUUAGAGCAUAUACCAGCCAGAGUCCUACCAGUUGAGUGGGGUGGUGAAGAGGAAUCCAUAGAUGCACUGACGAAAAAAUGGCGACAUCGUGUCGAUGAGCUGAGAGACUACCUUCGUAACCUGAACAUAAUUAAUACUACCACAGCGCCGUUGCUUGACACCGACAUAUAUGGAACAGUUGGCGCAUUCAGGAAACUUGAAAUUGACUAAUUACCCACUCAAUAAUUUUACUAGAAAUUUCUAUGAUAAAUUAUCCAGAAGCUUGCUGCUCUGUUGUUGAUCGUUAUCAUUUCUCACAGCGUGUGUUAUACAUGUCGCAGCCUAGAAUUCAGGAAGAACGCGAGUCGACGCACUUAUAUAUAUAUAUAUAUAUAUAAGUAUUAGGUGAACAUUGUUAGGAAUAAUUAACAUACUUUAAUAAGCAAUAAUAUUUAUAUGAACCAGGAGCGUGAUUUCUGGGCUUUCCUUAUUCCAAUUUUUUUUUAAGUUCAAAGUAUUUACCUAUCAAAUAAGGCUAAAGGUCGAUCAAACUGGUAAUUUUACAUAAGCGGUAAAGCGGCUCUAAUGUGAAAAUCGCAAUUAUCAAAUUGAAUGAUCACGAAUCGAGCGAUCGCAACUAAUUAUUAUUAGUUAUUACGUUUAUGUAGCAAAAAAUAGCGGAAAGUUUUGUUUGGUCAAUAAUGUGUGUGUAUAUUUUAUAUGUAACUUAAAAUGGAAAAUAAAGAUGACUGCUCACUAGUAGAAAUCAUAGACUUUAUAAAAAAAUAUCUGUCAAUUACCAUUUUUCGGAAGGUGUGUUCCAUAUAUACCCUAAGACCCACCACUAACUUCCUGCAGAUAUUAUACCUGUAAAGUCAGCGGCGGAAUCUUAGGCUAAAUAGGUAGUAAAACAAAAUAUCUAAAUUUACCUAUAAAGAAUAUAAAAUAUUCGAUUUCUGAAUUAUUUUCAAAAUUAAGGGCCUUCCACUGAUACUCAGUUCUACUGAAAUCGGUCUAUUAAAUCGGUCUACUGAAAUUGCUUUUAAAUUUUAGGAGCACCUCAACCUUGCAAAAUGGAGUCCACUCAUGGAGUUACUUAUGAUAUACAGCCAGUCUUUGAUUGUGUAAUUAGUACAUAUAUAACAGUUCAUGAAUUAAACUUACAGCUCCUUCGAGAUUAAUCUUGUUGUUUGUACGGUAUC